AUGGCUAUCUUAAUACCGGAUCAACCCGGAAUUCUCGAUCCUCUCUCUGCCCCUUCAAAACCACCACCCUCCUCUAAACCACAUGAACCCCCCCUUUCUCACUCACAACGACAGCCAUAUCUCCCAUCCGACUGCACAAUCUGUCACUCCCUUUUCCAUACACCUCGUUCCGACGGCACCAUCGAAACCCCCUCUCUCAUCCCCUGCGGCCACAUCUUCGGAUCUAUUUGCAUAAACCGCUGGCUUGAAUCCUCCGAACACAAGAACUGUCCAAAUUGUCGCCGUGAGAUGCGGUAUCAUGGAUGUGGGCACUCUGUUAUACCGAAGUCUUUGCCUAAACCAUUCCCACGCGCGUCAGAGGUAGAGGGGGAUGGCGAUGGUCAUGCGGAUGUUGCUAUGGAAAGCGACAGUGAUUUGAGAUUGAGAGCUGUGAAGGCCGAGGAUAUGCCACCCCUAUGUCUGCUCUGUAGAGAAGGUAGGGAGAUGGAAGAGGUGGUUAGGAGGGCGGAGAGGAGGCUUGUGGCAGAGGAGAGAGCAUUGGAAGGGCUGAGGGUGUUGCCGGGGUUGUUUGGAGGGUUGUAUAAAGGGUCUGGGAGUACGAGUGGACCGGGGAAUCUUGGGCAGAGGAGCGAAGAAGCAAGAGAGACGUGGAGGAGGGAUAUGGAGGUUUUGAGAGAGGGGUUGAUGAAAAGGAUGGAGGGGAAAGAGGAGUGGUGA